GUCAAGUCAAAUGGAACCUGCCAAAAGAGAAGGAAAAAUAGGGGCACCGUCGCGCAACGGUCUAAUUUGAUAGGUCAUCUAACAAACCCACGUUCUCGGAUUCUGCACCCUAUUUGCAUAUAUUUACGUAUUUUGCAUGUGGAACCGCUAGAAAGAGCCCAGAAGCGACGAAAAUCAUGGCCCCACUAUACCGACCGCACCCUUCAAUGAGAUUUCUACCUUUCACAGCAACCACUACACCGACUUGCCGACUUUCCCUAUACAACCUUCAUGACACAGUUGUGCCACUCGCUACCGUCCACCAUCGCCUACAUACUCGUCUGGAGGAUCUUGUCUGCCUACUAGAAGCAUCUCAUGGAGUCGACUCGGUCAACUAGCAGUUAGUUAACCGUGGGAGUGAAUAUUUUCCCCCAAGUCGACAAGUUUCGUCUAUCUAAGAUCUUAAGAUCUAAACCGGCGCAGUCGAAAAAAAGUUCCAUGGUAACUAACCUGCAUUCGACACCACGUUACUAUACUGCCGAUUUUUACCGAGUCCUCGCUAGCUCCGACUUUUUCUGCAUCCUUCGCAUCUGAGCUGAUCGCGAACUAUACGUUGGUUUUUCCUGCGAAGCGGACAGAGCUAGCCUUUCACGAUGGCUCCGAACAAUAGUAAGACUGCCGUUGCCGAGUGCAUCUCGGACGAUGCCCUCAUCCACCUUAAAUCCUAUAAAUACUCCGCUGUCGAUAAGUCGCCGGUAUCGAAUUAUAUCCUUCGUCCAUACUGGAAUGCCGUCGUCGAGCUCAUGCCAUUAUGGCUAGCUCCUAACAUGGUGACCCUGAUAGGGUUCUGCUUCAUUCUAGUAAAUAUCGCUUUACUGGUAAUAUUUAUGCCGGAUUUAGUUGGACCGGGCCCGUCAUGGCUGUACCUUAGCUUCGCAUUCGGCCUCUUCAUGUACCAGACCAUGGACAACAUCGACGGAAAGCAGGCGAGACGAACAGGCACUUCGAGCGGUUUGGGAGAGCUCUUCGACCACGGCAUCGAUUCCUUGAACUGCACCCUCGGCAGCUUGUUAGAGACGGCCGCGAUGGCGCUGGGAACUUCGAAGUCGGGCGUCUUCACCGCCCUAUGCCCCUGUCUACCUAUGUUCUUCUCAACGUGGGAAACCUACCACACGCACACUCUAUACCUAGGCUACAUCAACGGCCCGACCGAAGGCCUCCUCAUCGCAUCAUGUCUCAUGGCGAUCUCCGGCAUCUACGGACCCGGCAUCUGGACGGAGCGCAUCGUGGACAUCGUGGGGAAGAAGUACCUCUUCGGCUACGAGGAGCUCGUGGGCGACCACUCGGUCCGGGACAUCUGGAUCCUCAUCAUCGUCGCCUCGCUGGUGGUUGGCCACAUGCCGUUCUGCGUGCUCAACGUGGUCAAGGCGCGGCGGCGCAACAAGCUGCCCGUGCUGCCCGUCUUCCUCGAGUGGAUCCCGAUGGGCGUGUACACGAUCUCGAUCGGCGCGUGGCUGUACUCGCCGCACUCGACGCUCCUGCGCGAGAACCACCUCGUCCUUUUUUGUCUGACCAUGUCGCUCGUCUUCGGCCGCAUGACGACCAAGAUGAUCCUCGCGCACCUGACGCGCCAGCCCUUCCCCUACUGGACCGUCAUGCUCGUGCCGCUCGUCGGCGGCGCCGUCGUCGGCAACCUGCCCCGCCUCGGCCUCCCCCCAAUCUCCGCCGACCUCGAGUACUACUACCUCUGCGCCUACUUCGUCUUCGCCUUCGUCGUCUACUCGCGCUGGGCCUACCUCGUCACCACCAGCAUCUGCAACUUCCUCGGCAUCAAUUGUCUUACCAUCCCCUACGAGAAGCAGAUGGAGAACAAGCGGAAGCUCGGCCUCCUGAAGAACGGCGACGCGAACGGGAAGAAGUCGCAGUAAAAUGCCACUUUAACCUCCCCUACUCUCCUACCUACUGCUAAAAGAUAGAGAAUAGUGGGCUCGAGCCCGCAGUGGAUGAUUUGAUUGAUGUACGAUUCUGGAAAUACCACCACCAUCCCCCCCCUUUAUUCCGGGAGAACGCGGGGCCCUUUCUGCAUACGGUCGGGCUUGUUCCCCCCCUUUUACGUUGUUUUAAUAGAAACUUAAAAAACUGGAGAGAAACCUGGCUAGGGAUAUACUUCGCUGUAUGUAACGUAUUGGCUAGGCAAAUGGAGCUAGGGAGCUACGGUCAGGGAAGGGAGGUCGCAUGCAUCGACUGUCUUAAUUGCAAUAGAAAAGAGAGGGGAGCGCAGCGUAUGGGGAGGGACUGAUGCUGAUAUGGAUCUCCUCUCAUCGUGGCGUGUUUUGACGGCCGAGGUACCCCUUGGGUGCCUGCUAAGGGAUAGAAAGGUGAAGUAGUAUUAAUGAGGCGCCUAGUCCAUCGCGAUGCAAUGCGAUGUAGAUAUCGCAUUGUGGUGAUGGGGUACGCGGGAUAAAGAGAAAUGAUAUGAACAAUGCUCCUA